AUACACAAUACCCCGACAUACAAAGCACACUUUAAAUAAAAAAAAAAAAAAAAUUAUUUUUUAAGAUACACUGAACUCACAGAAAGAUCCAAAUGGAUGAGGAUACGGAGGAGAGAGAAUCUUCUUCCUCGACCGAUCCGUUUGAGAUACAGUUCCCGCUGCCGGACCACCUCGAUCCGUCCAAGUGCCGUGAUGAGUUCCUCGGCCAGGUCAUUGAGGAACACGAGCGCCGGGUGAGUUCGCUGAAGCGAUCUACAGCUCUAUUCGCGUCGGCCACCAUGAAUCCUGUGGAGAUGGACAUUGGGUUGAGCGAAAAGGGGGCAGAGGCCAUGGUGGUGCGGCAGUUGGCCACCCAACGCCAGAGGAGAAUCGCCAGGAAGACCGUGCAGGAGGUCAUGGAAAGCAUUAGGAAGCGGUCCAACAUGAUAGCCGACCUGAAUGUCGAAUGCCAGAAGGCGGCCAUCGAGUUCCUGUCGGUUCGACUGCUAAAGCAGUUGCGCCUCUUCUCGAGUCCCUGGCCAGGAAAGCUGGACGAAAUGCCCUACAACCUGUUCAGCUGGUCCCUGGAACACUUCCUGUUACGACUGAACCACAAUCAGUUGUACCUAGAUGUGAUCAAUCGGGAGCGGAGCAGCGAAGAUCUCGACUGCCUAAAGUUCCGGGCUGAUCUGAACGAGAUCGAGCAAAUCAUAUACGACAUCCGAGAGGACUUUCAACGGAAUGAGGACCUCUGCAAGAGCAGCAUACAGCUUAUACGUGAUUGCAAGUACAAUACGGAUGGUGCAUGGAUUAAGGACCUCCAGGCCAAUUGCCUGUUAAAAGAAAAUCUAAGCCGCGUUAGCCCAAAAGAGGAAUCCAGCGACAUCCAUUUACAUAAACGGCAUUCCCUGAUCAUGGGUCGCUUCGAAGAUGUUAGCGCCAUUGAUCCGAUAGAGGUGCGUUACCAGAUCAACUGGGUAAACAGCUGUAUGGAUCAGCGACUAACACUUCUGAAGGACCGUGAGGAGCUGCUGCAGGAGGAGCUGAAGGAUUGGCAGACCAAGCUGAGCCACGACCAACUGGUGCGAAAUAACUCGGAGCUGGUGUACUCCUGGGAGGUGGACAAACUGAAAGCCAGUUGCAAGGAGUGGCAGGUCAGGCUGGACACUGACAUGGAGAACAUCGAGGUGCUGUGCACCAUUAACAAGCUUGCUCUGCAGAAGGUCAAGGACGAUCACAAGUUCCUACUGGAGCAGGAGGAAAUGUUCCGGCGAAGAAUAGCCGAGGAGAAGGAACUCAUGGCGGCGGAGGAGAAAAUUCGCCAGCAAAAGCAGGUAAAAUCCUCGGACGUGAAAGCGGCAGUAGAGGCCAUCGAGGCGGUUUUCAAUCCCAGCGAACCCAACCAGAAGUCAGCGAAAUUCUAAAGCUCGUCAAUACUCGACAGAAUGUAUUUAUGUUGGCAACCCAAACAAAAUAAUCAAAUCCCGUAAUGCAUGAA